ACAUCGCACACAUCGCAUAUUAUAUAUUGAUGAAGAGUUGUUGUGGUGUAUCAGUGUUGAGUUUAUUGGAAAAAUAGAAUAACAAAGAAGAAUUGCAGAUAAGCGCUGCCAAUAAUAUUGCUGGGCAUCCUUAUUGAGGUUUAGCUUUGAAGCACAUUAGUUUUUAUUAGUCAUGUUGCCACUCUCUUUGCUGAGAACGGCCCAAAGCCAUCCUAUGCUGGUAGAGCUGAAAAAUGGUGAAACGUACAACGGUCACCUGGUGAGCUGUGACAACUGGAUGAACAUCAACAUGAGAGAGGUCAUCUGUACAUCAAGGGACGGUGACAAGUUCUGGAGGAUGCCCGAGUGCUACGUGCGGGGCUCGACCAUCAAGUACCUGCGUAUUCCGGACGAGGUCAUUGACCUGGUCAAAGAGGAGGUGGUCGGCAAGGGUCGCGGUCGUGGCGACGGCAAGGGUCGCGGCGGUCAGCGCGGCCGGGGGCAGCGCGGAGGUUUCGGCGGCAGGGGGCGCGGCGGCCGCGGCGGCGGCGGCAGAGGCGGCGGUGACGGGGGCUGGGGCGGCGGCCGUGGCGGCCACCGCAACUAACCCGUCCCGGCACCGUCCUCAUCCCGAACCCCAGGUCAGCCCGCUCUCACCGUUGGAGUCACCCCGGCCCUCCGCCGGCCGGUGACGUCAUGUGUCAUGUUGUGUAGCAGUGUCUGUGAUCGCAGGGUCAUGCCUCAUUCAUACUGUGUACCUACUCAGAGCCAGUGACGUGAUAAUACAAAACACGCUGGCGU